AUGGGCCCUCCACUUAUCGCCUUGGAAGAGCAUUUCUUCUCUGAAGCAAUGCUGAGUAGUCCCACCGACAAGUAUAGCGAGCAGUUCAAACAUACUAAAGGCAUCCUUGAGAAACUAAGCGAUGUAGGAGACCUACGUCUCAAGCAUAUGGACAAUGGAGAGAUAGCGUUCCAGGUGGUGUCACAUGCACCAAGCCAAAUGUCAUAUGUCCAGUGUGUGUCUACCAAUAAUCAGCUUAGCGAAGCAGUUGGAGCACAUCCCGAUCGAUUCGCUGGAUUUGCAAUUCUUCCAGUUGCAGAACCAGCAAAUUGUGCAGCAGAGCUUGAACGUUGUGUGAGAGAGCUUGGAUUUGUCGGAGCCCUGAUAGACAACCACGACAAAGAUGGACGUUAUUUUGACGGGGAAGAAUAUUUCAACAUGUUCAAGACGGCACAAGAUCUUGAUGUCCCAAUCUACCUCCAUCCUACCUGGCCAACAGACUCAAUGAAUUCCACGCUUUAUUCAGGAAACUUUUCGAAAGGAGCAUCCAUAUCAAUUGGAGGCAGUGGGUUCGGCUGGCACAGCGAUGUUGCUAUUCAUGUUCUCCGAUUGUUUGCUGCCGGGCUGUUUGAACGAUUACCUCAGCUUAAGAUCAUAAUCGGACAUAUGGGAGAAAUGAUCCCAUUCAUGCUUGCAAGAAUAGAAAUGUUAUCCUAUCGCUGGGGAGUGCCUGGAAGAACGUUUACUGAGGUAUACAAGUCAAACAUCUACAUCACGACCAGUGGCUACUGGAGCGUCGACCCACUUGCGUGUAUACUGCGCAAUACGCCAAUCGACCAUGUACUAUAUAGUGUAGAUUAUCCUUUCGGGAGAAACGAAGAUGGGCUAGCGUUUUUCAAAGAUCUAGAAAACAGUGGGCUCGUGACUCGGGAACAGCUAGAAAUGAUCGCCUACAAGAAUGCAGAAAGACUGCUGGGAGUCCGCGCCAAGGCGUGA